AUGCAGGCCGCCGCUGGAUCUGGCUCUCUGCGGCCAGGCUCGGACUCCCCACUGACAGACCUCGACAUGUCUCUCUUCGAUGCCGACGACUCUGAUCCAUCUGCCAACACUUCCGCUCGCUCUCUUGCCAGAGCUCUCAAUGAAUGCUCCGAAGCUCCUGACAAUGGAGAGGCCGGCGAUGAGGAGUCUAACAACAACGACUCUAACGACGACGAUGAUGGCGCUGCUGAGCUCUGGACUUGCAAUGAUGCAAUUGAGAGGCUUCACGUCGAAUUCUGGCAACACCACCCCAGCUGUGAGCCUGAGGAAGCUCCCUACAGCGGCGACAAUGUUUCUACCGGAUCUGAUCACCCUCAGUUCCACUUGUACGCGCGGAUCCAUGGCCUCAUUAACGAAUACUACGACGAGGUUGACCGCAACGGAGAGUCGAAUAUGAUUGGAAGAACGAAGGAUCAAGUUAAGAAGUCACUCGAAGCUUUCCACGCCAGCGGAUAUGGCGUAAACGGAAAGUAUUGGGCCAAGCUUCUCCCUGAUCAAGCUGAAGUGAUGCUCCCCCGCUUCAUUGAUCCCUGCGGCGACAUGGAUGGAGUCAUUGCUGGCUCCCUUGCAGCCAUGGGCUGUGGAUGGAUGCUAUCCAUUAACAGCAAGGGACGCAGAAACGACUCUGUCACGGUCAGAGAUGACGGCAAUGCUGCUGCCAGCGUCGCUUCCCAGGAUCCCUCUAUUACGCAGAGGGUGGAAACUCUCGAAGGAAACUUUGUGCUCUUACGCGACCAGGCAGUUGCAAAAGUGAAGAAACUUGAUGAAAAACUGGAGGAAUUGGACGAUUUGACCAGGAACCACCAGGCCGAUCUCGAGGAUCUCAAGUCGGUUGUGCGCAGCAUCGCAAAGAAGCGCCCCUUUGAACCCUCCGAUGCUGGAAGUCCGACCGCCAACUACACCAAGUUUUUCGGCGAGAAGAAGAAGAGCCGAUUUGCCUAA